GUAGUCGUUGUUGAUGCGGUGACUCUCCGGUACGCUAGGUGGCGCAGCGCAAUGUAAACCCUGGUUGCAAUUCGAGACUAUUGAGAAAGUAACGGAAGAAGGAGAAGAGGGAAGGUACUGCUCAGCCGCUCGUCUCUUCCGCAACACGAUACUAACCUGUGCAGUGGGACCACCGCCAGAAAAUGGACACGCGGUUCACCCGAGGCAAGUCCAACAUCUUGGAGCGACCCCUGACCCGGCCCAAGACAGAGGUCAGCGUGAGUGCGUUCGCCCUCCUGUUCUCUGAGAUGGUCCAGUACUGUCAGAGCCGCGUGUACUCUGUGUCCGAGCUGCAGACGCGCCUGGCGGACAUGGGCCAGAGCGUCGGCGCCAGCCUGCUGGACGUGCUGGUGCUGAGGGAGAAGAACGGCAAGAGGGAGACCAAAGUGCUGAACAUGCUGCUUUUCAUCAAAGUUAAUGUCUGGAAGUCUUUGUUUGGGAAGGAAGCCGACAAGCUGGAGCAGGCCAACGAUGACGACAAGACUUACUACAUCAUUGAAAAGGAGCCGCUCAUCAAUGCAUACAUCUCCGUGCCCAAGGAGAACAGCAGCCUGAACUGCGCCGCCUUCACGGCAGGCGUCGUGGAGGCCAUCCUCACGCACAGCGGCUUCCCCGCCAAGGUCACCGCCCACUGGCACAAGGGCACUACACUGAUGAUCAAGUUUAACGAGUCGGUCAUAGCCAGGGACAAGACUCUGGAUGGCAGAUGAGGAAGACCGGAGAGAGAGAGAGCGAUCAACCCAGUAAGAUGUGAAGUCAUCCAGGUCCAGGCUGCUGUUUGUCCCUGACUGAACUUCCUUGUGGUGACUUCUGAGACAGGACCAUGCUGAGCCACGGCGAGAGCAGGAAACAUGCAGCUCGUUGGUUCAAUCCUCCACGUUGUUUUUUUUUGUGGAUCAUCUAAACAUCACUUUUUAUUUGUGGUUUCACGUCACAUUGUCACAUCACUGAUGAUUCGGGGGGCGGGAAAUGAAAAUAUUGGGUAAUACUGUGACCACAUCGUAAAAAUAACUUGAAUUAAUUAAUGUCCCCUUUGGCUCUGGGAAAUUGUGACGGCCCUUUUUAUUUUUCAACUUAACAAUUGAUUGAAGAAACACUCAAAUAGAUUAUUUGUUGAUAAAAGUGAUUGUAAUGUGCAGCCUUCGCCCCAUAGGGUGAAAGUGAACCAACCUAAUGGAGAUAAUUAGAGCGUCCCUGUUUUAUACAAUGAUAAUAAAAGAUAUUGUGAAAUAGAUAUAUAAUCAGGGCCGUAGCUAGCAUGACAACACGGAGGUCAUAUCGUCACCAUUUUUAUUUGAAUAUAUUGUCGUUUUAUUUAGUGUCACUUUGGGGUUAUUAUUAACGUAACAAAACGUACACAUUGGGGUUUUAUGAGCUGGCUACAAUAUCCUUAGACUCUGCAUCUUGGCAAAUUUGAAUGCUAAAUAAAGGCUUCAGCAUUCCUCCUUC